GAUGAUUUAUAACUUGUAAAAGUUUGUUUUUGAUAUGCAUACAAAAAUAAUAAAUAUGCUCUACAACGACUUCUCUUAUUAGCAAUUACAUUUUCUUACAAUUCAGUAUAAAAGUUAUUUGAUUACUUAAUAUUGCAAUAGCAAAUAAACAGAAUUCUUUGUUUAAGGAAUCUGUAAUUAACCGUUUAUUAUAUCUUUAUGGUUUUAAUUUUUAUGAAGGUCAUAGCUAUGUAGGCAACAGUGCAUGACAUAGAGGAUAUAGAAUGAACGUCAGUAAAAAAUAUAUAUCUGCAAAGAAACAUGUUGUUUAAUUACAUCGUUUUUGCUGGUUGCCUUACUGUCAUUUGCCAUGGACAAGAUAAUUUAGAUGAAGCAAAUUUCCUGCUAAGACAGGAAUUGCAGAUCCAAAAUAGAGCGUGUGAAGGUGUAGCUAAGAUGGAAAAACUAGUCAGCAAAGUCACCGAAUUUAGUGAAAACGAAACCAUUGCCUUGAAAGUGAAGCUGUCGUAUUUAAAAAUAUCCAUUUGUGAAGUUUCCAAAAAGACGGACAUUCUUAUAGACGCAGUGGAAAGUUUAAAGAAAAGUCAGAUAUCCAGCAAAUGCUUUAAACAACAUCAAUGCAAUGAAAUAAUCCCCGCCAUCGACAGUCUUGAGAAUGAUCUUAAAAAAAGGAAAGAAGAACAUGAUCUAACAACUUUGAGACUUUCCAUGAUUGAAAAAGCUCUAUCAGAAUGUUUCCAAGAUAAAUUGUUUAGAAAGUUAAAAGUCUUUUUAAAAAAAUCUAACAUUAUAUGUACAAAACGUAUCAUUGCAUACAUUCCUGCCUUUGAGAAAGAGGUGAAAAAAUACUUUUUACCAUUUCUUCUGAUUAUCACUAUUGUGAUGCUGUUCUUAUUAUUUUCAUCUCUUCAUAUUGCUAUUUUCUCAACUGCUUCCAUGAUUGUAUUUCUUGGAUAUCUCUUUUUUUUUUCGUGCUCUUUUGAACACAGAGAACUCAUUACAACAUUUCAAAAUGAUGUUUUGCCAUUUUAUCUAUAUGAGACACAAACGUUUGAAGUUCUCGAUAAUAUAUUUUGCGAUGUCAGAACAAUUAGUCAGUUUGAAGGUUUUAAAGUUAUUCUGAGGGAUAAUUUUCAGCACGGUAGAAAAAACGCAGAAACAACUAACGAAGAACUUAACAAACUAAUGAAAUUAUUUUACGUACAAUCUGUAGCAGAUAACUUAAUAGAUAGAGGACACGACGAACUGUCAAUUCAAGCUAGAAAUCUUCAUAAAAAUUUCAGGCGCUACUUGGAAGAAUUAAUCAAAACGUUAAAGUUUUCACAAGAUUUUUAUAAUUACGCUGUGAAUUCAUUUAAAGCAAUUUUAGAAUCACAAUCAGAAAUUGAAUCGUGGCAAAUUUUAAUUUUCCUUAAAAAUAUUUUGACAAAAUCGGAUCAUCUACAAGAGGACUUUUCAACUCAUGAAGUUCACUUCCAAGAAUUAAUUAAAGAGUUAAACCAUCUUGUGCCUCAAAUAAGAAAGCGCCAACAGAGUAACGACAAUAUAAAUCUUAGAGUCACAAUGUUUGCAACAUUGCUUACUGUUGGUGCAUCAAUCCUUUACCCACCACUUCUUCUUGCGCUUGUGCCUAUCGGUGGAGGCGUUAUGUACUACGUUCACAAACAAGCUAAAGAAAAUAAUGCUGUAUUGCAGGAUCUGAACAAAUACAGAGUUCAAAUGAAAGAUUACGCAAGGAAAACUAUCCAUCAAAUAUCCAAAAUCGAUCCAAUGAAGAUAACCUUUGCUCGGUCAUUAUUUUCUAUUACUAGUAUUAUUUCCUUGAGUCGCAAUUAAAUCCUAUGGAACACACGUUGUGUACUGUUUUUUUGCAGGAGCGUUUGUUGCAGCAAAUGAUGAAAUAUAGAAAAUUAAAAUCAUGGAGACAUGUUUUACAUGUGACAGUCUCAAAUAUUGCUGAAGGAAAUUAGUUGUGUUGAUUUCUUCUUCUCAUGCCGUGUUGUUAAACCGUGCAAGAGGAGGAAAACUUUUUGCAACAUUUAUUUUUCCUUAUUCAGUGAUGUUGGAAAUUGGAAAUAACAACACAUUUUUUAAGGUUCACAGAGUUGUGUGGUAUUAUCAUCGCUAUCGUAUGGCUUUGACAAGUUCUAUGCAAUUAAUCUGACAGUGCGUUAUCAACCUGAUUAAUUCUUCAUUUAUUGUUGCAGUUAAUAUUUUGCAGUUUUCUUUCGCAGCACUUGUGUUCUUAUUGGUGAAAUAUACAUUUGUCAUUCUGAUUGCGAUUAUAGAAUAUCCUCGAAGGAAUUCGUAUCGUAACUAUAAAGCUAUUGUAAAAGCAUCGUUUUUUUUAUAAGUGUUUCCAAAUAAUGCUCAAAGUUUUUAUAGAAACUUCUAGUCUUAUCCUUCGACUUUGCUAAGGAUUGUUUAUCAACUGAUUUUGUGAAAUAAUCCCUAUAAUUUGUUUUUGUCUAAAAAAUUGUAAGAAAUGCACCAACUAGUACGUAAAUAAUGCAAUAAUACAUUGGUUUCCUAAAAAAUAGGGGUUCUUUUUUGCAUUUUUUUUUGAAAACGAAUGCAUUCAAUAUAGUUUAAUAAGUACAAAUUCCGCGUUACAAUUAUUUCAAUUCUUUUAAUUCAUUUUGUGAUUUAUGGAACUAUUAUAUUAUUAUUACCCCCUAAUUACUCAUAUACCCGGUGCAUCACAUAGCACGAACAGACCAGAAUCAAGCAAGAACGAACUGAAACGAGCGAGAUACGAUUAAUUCAGUAAUACAGGGUAUGCGGCUUGCGAAAACUUUAUACAUAGCUACAUCGGUGCUACAACAUGCUACUUUAAUAGACGCAAAAGAAUAAUAAAUUUGUUUUCAUCUCACUUAAACGCGUGGAAUAUUGGAGAUCAAUGUUUGUUUAUAUAUCUUUACUCUACUAAACUUCUAUAAAGGUUUCGUAAAUAUGAUAAUCACAGUUCAGAUAAUAAUUUAAGUGUUUACUGCUAAUCAAAAUCCGAUGCUAAUAAUUGUUUUAUUUUAUUUUUAGAAACAUG